AUGAGCCCAAAUGGCGAAGAAGUUGCUGCGGCUGAAGGUCGCCAGCAGCGCAGGGCAGAUGCCGGUCGCAAAAGGGCUGGCGCCCUGGAGGAGAAAAAAGAGAUAAAGGAAGGACCAAGGGACACGCAGAGCAAGCUUCUGGACCUUCUCACGGGCCUCACGGAGCGCAUGGAGCGCAUGGAGGCGUCGCAAGGGCGACUGUUGGAGAAGAAGCGUUUGAAGGGCCAUGAGGCCAGCGGUUUUGGUUCGGUGUUGGGGCAAGGCAAAGCCAUGACCAAAGAGGCGUUGGAUGUGUCGCCACCGAGGCGAGUGUCACCUGGCGUAUCGCCAUCAACGUACUUUGGCGCAAGACAGCCUGGAUAUGCUGGUGCAGCGGCCAAUGUUGAGAUGCCGCAGGCGCCGCAACCAGUACUGCCCCAGCAUUACGUGCCACCACCCAUGUACCAACCGGCGCCCCCACCACACAUGGGACCAGGAUUACAAUACGACCGUGUGCCGGAUACGCGGCAGAGGAAGCUGGGCAUCCGACCGUUUGAUGGCAAGGAAUUGUAUCAAGGUCUUGGAAGUGGGUUUUUUUAUCGUGGGGUGUUGACGGUCAUCGGUUUUCUACCAGUAUUGGUAACCGUGACCGGUCCAAUCCGAACCGCCUGUUCAGCUUAG